AAUGUGCAUGUGCUUCUAAAACCGGUUAUUUCCUGUUCACACUGAUCAUGAUAAGAAGUCCUGUUAUCUGACCUGCUGCUCUUUUAUCUCCUGUCUAGUCGCUGCCAAUUUGCAAAAGAUUGUCGAUGAUCCGCUUAGUAACAAAAAUGUGACGUUUAAACUGGCAUCUGGCGUGGAGGAGUCUGAAAUUCCCGAUGAUAUUAAACUCAUUGGAUUUGCGCAGCUCAGCAUCAGUUAAGUCAAGGUCAGCCAUCAACAGAGGACAGAAACUAAUGGUAUUGCACAGCUGCAUUGUAGUAAAUUCCAAGAAACCACUACUGCCAAAGAGAGGGCGAGGAAGACGAUGAUGAUGGGGAGUCGGGUAGCUGGCAGGAGUGCAACACUACUGCAGGAUGCAUGAGGACCACAUUGAGAAGGGGCUCAGUUCAUUACAGGAAUCACACUUGAAACGUUUACAGUGCGCUUAUACAGUGAAUGGGAGAAGAGAUGCAAUCAACUAUAUCAACUCCUAAUUUCUUCUUCUUUCUUUUGCUUCAUACCUAAGCACAAUCCAAACCAUCUCCUGCCAGUACUGGAAGCGAUUGCCUUUUCUUUUUUAAAUCUAAUGUGCCACAUCACUCACAAGAGUGUCGUGCUUACUUUAUAUGGCACUUUAUGAUACACUGAAAUUGAAAAGUGUAUAUUCAGCCUUAGUUAGUCAAACUAUAGAUUUUACCAGUGUGUUUGGUGAAAAUAAAAUUGAGUAUCUGCGAUUAUUAGGUGUAUUAUAUUUACGCCUACCCAAGAAAUCUUAAGAAAAUCUCCUUUAACACUGAUAAAACUAACUUAGAGACACACUGUAGCAUAGUUUUAGUUUUGUAAUUCUGUAAAUUUAGAUGGAUUUUUAUGUAGAAUAUAAGAAAGUUACCAGAUUUCUGUACAAAGCAGCCCCAGGCGUGUGGUGUGGUGGUUUUGUCAAAACAUACCCAAAGUGUUUAGGCUCUGACUGCACAGCUGAAACCAUACAAAGACACACAAGGGUCAAUUAUAACUGCAGUAACAACCCUUUUUUCAGAUGGCGUUUCCCGAGAUGUUCAAAGAAAGCAUUAUUUUUCACAGAUUUAGACCUGGCUUAUAUUCUUCUACUAUGCAAUAGGUGUUUUCUUUUCGCCACAUGUGACCACUGGCUGCUAAUAUUACUUCUCUUGAGAUGAAUACAUUUACUUUUUGUGCUUGUACUGCACUAGGAGUUCUCAAAGUCAGGCAGGCAGCUUCAGGAACCUGCAGUGAGACUUCCUUUCGUUAUAACAAGCAAAGUGAAACAUUAACAGGCACAACAGACAGAAGUGGGUAAUGUUUGUCAAGGUCCCCAUGCAGAUGGGGAUCACUUGGUCCAUUUACCAUUACUGAUCUAACAGCUGGGAAGAAUCCUGAAUGCUGGCAAUGAAAGUUGAGUCUGGAGCUGCUAAUGUUACAGGCUGACAUACGAUGAACUUCUGUGGAGUGGUGCAUGCCCAAAAACUGAAAAUUAUCAACCAAAGUAAAAUAUAGUUUAAAGGGUCAGUUUACCCAGAUUGCAAAAAAAAAAAGUAAUAUUUUGACACUUGCCUCAAAUGGUAUUUAGCUGAUACAUUUGGUCUUAUCUGCCUCUUAUUUCAUACAGUUCAUGCAUAUGGAAUGUAGCCAUGCUAGCGGCUUAAAUAAUCCGUUGUAAUGAGCUAAGAUCCCUAAAUCGUUUGUCACUGGUGAUUCUUUGUGAUGCGCCACCAGAAUAUCAAAAAAUAAAAACAUUUUGAAUAGGUUUAUAACCAAUAAACUAAUACCAUACACAUUAGCCUCAGCUGUGCUUUGUUUUUAGUGCUAAGUAGCUAAUUUUGGCAUGCUAACACGCUAAACAAAGAUUGUGAACAUGGUGAACAUUACUCCCGCUAAACAUUAGCAUGUUAGCAUUGCCAUUGGAAAACGUUAACACGCUAUUAGCUAGUAGAGCCUUUCAGUGCAGCUAGCAUGACGCUACACUUACCACAAAUUCAAUUCCAUUUACCUGCAUUGUAUUUAUGGGCAGCAGGAAUCUUAAGAGAAACCCCUAGAGGUAAAUAUUUCCUAUAUUGGGUGAAAUAAGCCUUUAAACUUCUCCAGAAGCCAGUUAGUAUUCAGUUUGUGUUCCUUCUCACUAGGCAAGUUGUUGUGCCAGUACAGUAGUCUCUUUGCUAUAUAAACUUUCACCCACAAAUCACUGUCGUCACUCCCUGUGUAGCUGUAUGGUUGUUUAGUACCUCGUGCAAGGCCUGCGACAUGGCUCUGAGUUCAGGUACUGAUGUAAAUGGUGUAUGUAAAGAUGUUGUAAAUGUACGUAUGAUGGCAACUCCAUGUACUGUCACACAAACAUCAUGAGGUUUGUAUACCAUGUAGAUGCAUUGACUGUUUAAGUGUACCUGUCAGAUAAAUGGAACAUUUGACUUGUAAAUAUAGAUUAAGGCGGAUUGAGACUGCUCAUGUUCAGUACACAGUUGAAUUUGUUUUGUAGUGUUUUUCCACUGUUGGCCUUUAUCAAAGCAUCACUUAUGCACAAAUUAUUUGUUUAAUUGGCACCUUAUUGAUAUGUUAACAUGCGUAUUUUUGGGAUUACAUGCAGCUUGUAAUCACACGCUUUGUGCUUUGACGUACUGAUAUGCAGUUUUCUCACCGAAACCUGUCCGAUGCUAAUGCAUAAAAUAUAAUUUUCAUAAGACGGGCAGCACAGGCUACACUCUUCCCCCCCUGUGCCUGUAUAUGUGCGAUUUUGUUGAUAAAAUGAUUGAUCAUCAAAUGCUUUUGCUGAAAGUCACUUAGAUAUUCAUAAUUUCUUUCCAUUUUUAUUGUUUACUUAUCAGAAACAACAUUAUUCUGCCUCUAAAUGGAGACACCAAAUGAUUAGUAUCAAUUGAAUCACUUAAUUGGCAAGCAAAUUUGUUCUUUUUUUUCUUUUUUACAGAUCAUUACAUAUAUUUUUAAAAUAUCAUUGAUUAUACAAUGUGUACAUCGACAAAUGCAUAAUUUGAAGUGGAAUAUUUGUGAUAAGAUACAAAAGAGAUUCCUUGACAUGUAUAGAUUAUUGGAAAAUGUCAGCAAAUGAUUUUUAGUAGCUGAAUAAAGUCACAUGAUGGAAUUCAAUUGGUGAGGACAAUGGUUAAUUACAAUGUGAUGCCUCGUUCUGCGUGUUCUUUGCUUUUAACAGGUCAACCAUUUGGUCCUGUGUGCUCGCCACACAUUCAGUUACAAAGGUUAAACAUUUAUUUCGACUUGAGCUUUUGGAAGAAAGUGUCUAAGAGUUGGUGUCGCACUUAAUCAUUCGUUUGAAAAUGGUUGAUUUUGGAGCGAUUUUGCGAACUAUUGGCGACUUUGGUUUGUUCCAGAAAAUCAUCCUUCUUGGGUUAACCCUCCCAAAUGUCUUCUUGCCCCUUUUCUUUUGUAGUUUUCUUUUUAUGGAGUCAGAUCCAGAUAGACACUGUAACACAGACUGGAUCCUUCGGGCGGACUCUAACCUGACAACAGAUGAGCAGCUGAACCUGACUCUGCCCCGAGAGGAUGAUGGGACCUUCAGCAAGUGUCAGAUGUUUGUCCCUGUGAACUGGUCUAUUGGUUCCAUCAGGGAGUACGGGCUCAAUGAGACCGCAGGGUGCCAGAAUGGAUGGGUGUACUCCAGAACGCUGUAUGAAGCCACCGUAGUCACUGAUUUUGAUCUCGUCUGUGACAAGUCGUACAUGGCUGAGGUUGUGCAGGCGAUCUUCAUGUCUGGUUUACUUGCUGGUUCAUUCAUCUUUGGACCAACAGCUGAAUCGUACGGCCGCAGGAGAACCACCCAGCUACCAGUCGUGCUCUUGCAAAUAUUCGUCAUAGUUGCUGGUGUGUCUCCAAAUGUCUACGUCUACAUAGUGACGCAGUUCAUAGUUGGAGCUGCCCUCGGGGGAUAUAGAAUUAACUCCACCGUAUUAGCUACAGAGUGGAUUGGGGUCACCAAAAGGUCCUUUGCUUCCUGUAUGAGCCAGUUGUUUGCAGCUUUUGGACAGUGUGUCAUGGCUGGUCUGGUCUAUGGCAUCCGUGACUGGAGAAAAGCACAGUACAUCAUAGGAGGAGCGCAGGCCUUUGUAACGUUGUACAUAUGGUGGAUUCCUGAAUCUGCAAGGUGGUUGCUGGAACAGGGAAGAACUGAAGAAGCUAAUCAAUUGAUACGUAGAGUCGCAGCAAUCAACAAAAGGAAAAUCCCAGAUAACCUGCUGGACAAGGUCACCGGGGGACGGGAAAUGAAAAGUGGGGGAAUAAAAGCAAUUUUUACCUCAGCAGUCCUGGUUAAAUAUUUGUUAAUUUUAUCUUUUGCCUGGUUUUCGUUAAACCUUGGCUACUUCUGCGUAAUUUUAAAUGUGGGUAAGUUUGGUCUGAACAUCUUCCUGGUUCAGUUCCUGUUUGGGAUGACUGAGAUGCCCGCACAUCUCCUCUGUAUCUGGUUUUUGGAGUUAAUUGGGAGAAAAAAAUCCUUAAUAUCAACCCUCCUGACAGGAGGGGUGUUUUGCCUCUUAACCUUGGCUUUCCCUCGAGACUGCUCUAUUGUUAUCACAGCCCUUGUUACCGCCGGGAAGUUCUUUCUGAACUGGGCAGGUUCAGUAUGUUUGAUCUACAUUCAGGAGUUGUUUCCCACUUCUGUCAGGCAAACUGCUGUUGGCUUUGGCUCUAUUGCCUAUAGAGGAGCAGGCUUGAUGUCCCCCUUGCUCAACAUGUUGGCCAUUUACCACUGGGCCAUACCCAUCUUAGUCUUCAGCAGCCUUGCAGUGACCAGUGGAGCUCUUGUCUUCCUGCUCCCUGAGACCCGGAGAACAGAGCUGCCUGACUCAGCUAAUGAGACCGAGGGCAACAGGAAUAUGAGCACAAAGAAAAUGGGCAGUGACUCCAACGUGGUCGAACAAAACGGCAGAAAUUCCACCAAACUCUAUCUAGCUGGAGGAAAAAGUCACUGCGGUCGUCGCAAGGCCUUAGGAGGAGGGGAGCUGGGCGGCGAGAGAGUGGACUUCGGCAAACAGAAGACUUCCUCCACCGACUACCAGUCCGAGUGGCACGGCGGGGACCUCAUCAUAACGAGGAGGCGAGGGGUUCGCGCAGUUUACGGCCACGGUUACUACCAAUUUCCGACACGCCCCCCGAGACCUCCCGCCAAGAUCGUCUACAACACCAGAGACUCCUUGAAGACGUUCUUAACUCACUGGAGAGAAGCGUCAACUUUUUAUGGCAACCACCUCCUUCAGAGGCUGGCCUCUUCCAUGUGGGACCAGAGACGAGAGCGUGGCUUUGUGACACUGAGCUGGACAUAUGACGACGAUACACGAAAGAAGAAGAAGAAGACCACUGAGUGGAUCGGGGUGUCCAAAAGAUCCUGGGGAGCAUGUAUUACUCAGCUAUUUGGAGCAGUUGGACAGUGCCUCCUGGCUGGUAUUAUCUACUUAAUCAGAGACUGGAGACUGGCUCAGCUAAUCACAGCAGCUCCACUGGCAGUUGUUGCUAUUUACAUAUGGUUUAUACCAGAGUCAGCCAGGUGGUUGUUGGACAGAGGCAGGACAGAGGAGGCUAAACAGCUGAUUUCCAAAGUGGCAGCCAUUAACAAACGCACUGUUCCAGAGUCUCUUCUGGAAAAGAUUGUUGAGAACAAAACUGUGAGAAAGGGAGGCAUAAUUAUUCUCAUGCAAUCAUCUGUGCUUAGGAAGUAUUUCUUAACCAUAAUAUUGGCAUGGUUCUCCUUGAAUGUUACUUACUACUCCCUUUCAUUCAAUGUUGGAAAUCUUGGCUUGGACAUCUUCCUGACGCAGCUUAUAUUUGGUCUGACUGAAUUCCCAGCUCAUAUCCUUUGCAUAUGGCUGUUAGAAGCACUGGGGAGAAAAGUGUCACUGAUGUCAACUCUUCUGAUCGGGGGAUUCUUGUGCUUCUUAAUCCUAGCUGUUCCUCAAGAUAAUGCUGUUGCUAUGACCACGUUAGCAACUUCAGGACGUUUUUUCAUUAACUGGGCAGGAUCCAUAUGCAAUGUGUAUGUUCAGGAGCUGUUCCCAACAUCUUUUCGACAAACAGCCUCUGGUUUGGGCUCCAUUGCCAGCAGGGUUGGUGGCCUGCUGGCUCCACUGCUCAACAUGUUGGCUGUGUACCACUGGUCCAUACCCACCGUAGUGUUCAGCAGCCUGACACUGGUCAGUGGAGCCCUGGGCUUCCUUCUUCCUGAGACCAGGGGGAAAGAGCUUCCUGAUUCAACCGAUGAGGCUGAGGGCAACACAAAUAAGACCAAGCUGAAGAGCCAAAGUGAAACAAAGAAGUUUGCACAAACCAUAUCUACCAAACUGUAGACUGAAUACUUCUGUUACUCUUGCUCCAUGUUACUCUGCUAGCAGCAGAGACAGGUAGUUAAAGGUUUGCUUUGUCAUACAACUAGUGGUCUCAUUAGCCUGAAGUUUGCUUUAGAUAUUCAUGUUUUGUCAGCGCACCUAAAAAUGUUUUACACAGGGCUCGGCAAUAUAUGAAUAUUAUAUCUUUAUUUUGAUAUGAGACCUAAGUUUUGUUAAUCGUAAUAUCUAAAUUUAAACUUUUUUUAUGUCUGCAUUACAUUUAAGUGAUACAUGUAAUUUUUCUACCAGACUUAUAGCUGUUCCAUUAUUUGCCUUUACCAACUUAGUCAUUAUAUCUACAUUACUGAUGAUUAUUAAUCAGAAACCUCAUUGGGAAAUGCAUCAACGGUAAACCCUAUAAUGCCUAACCUAUAUUAAGAUAUUAUUGUCAUUUUGCCCUAUUUCAGAGCCACCAUAUCCCCUUGUACACAAGUCAUUGUAAUUGUUGAGUACUUUUAUGCUUUCCAUUAGACACUCCAUUGGUUUUCUUAUUCUGCCACCCUCAGGUCAAAUGUUGGCACACAAUAUAUUUCAAAGUCUAUGAGCUGAUAUCUCUGGAAGUUAGUGACAGCAUACAGUACAUGAUCACAGGGUUACAAACCCUUUUAAUUUAAAUGAAACUAUGGCUUAAUCUCUUGUGCCACCCUCAGGACAAUCUUUGUAUUUAGUCAGUUGUUCAGUUUUUACAUUGAUCUAAUACAGUAGCAUGUUCAAAUCAAAUCAAGUUUUAUUUAUAUAGUACAUUUAAAAGCGAUUUUUGGUCGAGCCAAACAUGUACA